AUGCCAAAACCUAACAACAACAACAACAACAAGACACCACCACGUCCUCAAAACACGAACAACAACAAGGAGGAUGCAUCGGAAAAGAAAAAAGAAGACUCUGUAAUCAUGGAUGAAGAUUUUGAUACAAGCAGCGAUGAUAGCAGUAGUGAAAGCGAAGAUGAAAUGGUUUCCGUUAAAAUGUCAAACAAGAUGGUUGCUUUAGAAUAUAGGUUAGAGGGUCACUCUGAAGUUCCUCUCUAUUUGUUUUAUAAACAACACAAUGGAGCCAUUCCGAAUAACAAAAAGAUGAGAAUGACAAAAAUCAUAAAAACGAAAGAACAAAAGGACAUGUUUUAUUUUGCACAAAUCCAUCUCCCUUUUUGA